AUGCUCCUGAAUGUUCACUCACCUGGGUUGCUAUUCGUAGGCCCCUGGACUGUGGAACGACCACCGGUAUUGCAGCAAUGGGAUAGCAGCCUCCGCUACGGUCUGAACGCAUCGCUGGAGUGGGCGGCACUGGUCCCCGGUGACGGCCUCGUUUACGUCGGCCCCGACCACGAGCCGCACAUGGUGUCGAUGCUGCAUCAGCUGCGGUGCCUCGACGUCGUACGGGAGGGUUUGCUCGUGCCGAAGGGUGUGCGAGACAUCGAGCGCGUGCAGCACUGCAUGCAUUACUUGAAGCAGAUGCUCCUUUGCCGGGGUGAGACUCAAGUCGACCCGUUCCAAUAUGACCAUGGAGGCGACGUGCUCGAUCCACACCCAAUUCGGAGAUGCCUCGACUGGAGCGCCGUGUACGGUGCGGUGGCAAGGAACCAGAAAGAUCAGACCGCGCGAGAAACCAGUUGA